AUGAUACCCUUAAAACAAAAAGGACCUGGUGACGCUAAUGAUGACUCCUCUGCAAUGAAAGUGGGUGUGAUUUCUCAAAAAUGCGGACUACUCUAUUUCGAAGUUAUUAUAAUAAAUGGUGGAAAUAAUGGAAUUAUUGGAAUUGGGUUUUGCGGAAACAUAGUUAAUAGAUCUGAAAUUCCUGGUAAUUAA